AUGGAGUGGAUUGUGCAGUCCAACCUUCCGCUUGCAUUCUGCGAAAACCAUACGGCAAGACGAUAUGCAGUUGCUUUAAUGUACACCAACCUCGACCCCAUUUCCAUGGAGACGCUGCGUGCGGGUAUGGAAGGUGUGACACGCGAGGUCGAGCGGAAGAUCGCUGCUGAGCUUCCCGCGCGCUUUGGAGUUAUGUUCGACGGGUGGACGCAUGCUUCAGAGCAUUACGUGGCCUGGUUUGCGUGCUACGAGGUCAACGGGGUACUAGUUACCCCGUUGUUGGCUAUGGCUCCACUCAUCAAUGAGCCGGACGAUAAUCUCUCCGCCAGGUCGCACUACGAGUUCCUGGCGACGAUGUUGCCAAGGGACUACGGUGUCCAGAUCGACCAGUGCCGCUUCGUUGUCGGUGACAACUGUUCCGUCAACCGUUCGCUUGCUACCCUCAUGAGGGUGCCGCUAGUGGGGUGUGCUAGCCACCGGUUGAACCGAGCAGUGCAACAUUACCUACUUCAACAUGAAAAAGAUCUAGCAGCGGUACAGGCGCUGAUGAUCAAGCUGAAGACGCUCACUCAGUCUACAAAACUGCGGUACGAAAUUAUUUUUACGACUCGCUGGAGUUCAUCUUUUGACAUGGUAAAGCGCUAUUUCGAGCUGUUGGAAUUCUUGGAUGCAGACGACGACGACAUUAUGGAGCUGUUGCCGUCGCCCGCAUCCAACAAGAGGCUCCGAGCCUUAUUUAAGGAGCUCAAGGACGUAGAAUCCGUCGCCAAGGCUCUUCAAGGUCGCGAUACGGAUCUCCUGGAUGUUCGUCAGUGGUUCGACGAGCUGAUUGCUCUCAAACCAAAGUUUGCGACAUAUCUCGGACCUCAAGCUGAAAUUGUUCACAGCCCUGACUUUGAGUCAGGGUGUGUCCGUGUUCUGAGGGGCCUACAGGACCGCCUAACGCGCGCGGAGGAGACUGUCCUCGGUCCGUUCGUAAGACUGGCGGAGCACACGGAUGAGGACUCCGACGACGACGUUCUUUCGUUCGUCGAACGUCUUCGCAAGCGCCGCCGUCUUGCGGAGCCCAGUGUCUCCUACGAGCAGCUAAAAACCAUUCCACCAACAUCCAACGUAAUGGAACGGUUUUUCAGCGUGGCUCGGGUGACGUUCGGCCAACAAAGGCACGGGUUGCUCCCUGCAACACUGGAGAUGAUCUUAUUCCUUCGGGAGAACCGUUGCUACUGGGAUUCCAGUACUGUCGAUAGCAUCAAUUGAUGCGGUACGGACCUUUAAUGGAGUACUUAAUGCAAUACAGUACACUUCGUUAGUGACCUCC